GUCUGCGUUCGAAGCCAGAAGGAUUCUUCAACAACUUCCGUGGCUUUCUGUGGUUUAGCCGAUUGAUCGUUAUUUUUAGGAAAUGACGAUGCUGUCCCUCAUCAUAUGUUUGCUACCUCUAGCGGCAAGUAUACCUGUAGAAGUUGGAAAAAUCAAUGAAACGUCAAAGAAUUUGAUCGUGAACAUCGAAAACAAUAUCCUGAAAGAUGUUCAAUUAGUUGGAAAUUUUAAUCAUACGGUAUUGAAUUUAUCAAGCCUUCCGGAUCUUCACGCGCUGGAGAAAAAUGCCUUUGAUAAUGUGCUUGAUGUGGAGUCUCUCAUACUUACCAACAAUUCGUUGACUUCUCUGCCGGAUUUCGUCUUCUCUAAUCUGACAAAAUUGAAGAGCUUAUCGUUGUCGGAUAAUCAAAUAUCGAAUGUCCGAAAUCUUUUUGUCGGGUUGGAGAAUCUACAGUUGUUGGAUAUAUCUCGCAAUCCUAUCAGACAUUUUGGAAGGGGCCACCUGUUUGGCCUCACCAAAUCCGUGAAAAUUCUCACUGACGGAAAUAUUCUUUGGAGCAUCAGUACAGGUGUAUUCGCUAAUUCUUUCCUUAAAGACACCGAGGAGAUAAAGCGACUGGCAGCAAUGCAAAAUCAGGAAAAUCCCGUAAAGGAGGAGAAAAUCGACAAAAAUAAGGUAGCUACGGACGAAUCACAGGAACGAAAGCUCGUUGAAAGCUCUGUUGUCGGAAAUACUCGACUGAAAAUUUGCAAGUCUGAUGGUAUCGUAACAUCAUUGGCAAUUCUUCUGAAGGACGAAGAACUUGUUGACGGAUGUGCCGAGGUGCCAAUUGAUACCUCGAUGAAAGUGAAUCUCGCUGAGCUGGGUAUCAAAGGUUUCCAGGAAGAUUGGUAUCGAUUACACUCUCUGCGGAUCGCCUCGUUGGAUCUGUCGAACAAUGAAAUCACCGAGAUCACGAAGGAGACGCUGAAUAAUCUGCCGUCAAGUCUGACGUAUGUAAACUUCCAAGGGAAUAAAAUACGCAGGAUCUGGAGUCAGGUGAUCGAGAACGAUCACUUGAAUAUACUCAACUUGAGGAACAAUUUGAUCGAGGAGAUCGAGGAAGGUGCGUUUGCCAAGACGGAUCUAUUUGAAUUGUAUCUCUCUGGUAAUCAACUGAAGAGUUUGAAUUUUGUCUCCAGUCUGCCGGAUGCCCUCACCGCCUUUCUUGCGAACGGAAAUCACAUAAUUUCUAUUCCCGACGGCGUGUUCUCCAAGUUCUACCGUUUGAAUUACUUAUGUCUCGACGACAACAAAAUCGAAGCAUUGCAGAACGAUGUUUUUCAAGGUUUGAAAUUCUUGUUAACGUUAUCAUUGGCGAGGAAUGAUAUAAAGACGAUUGAACCGAACGCUUUCAAAGGCUUAACAAAGCUGCAGAGACUUGAUCUUCGCCACAACUCUAUACGUGAUCUCCAGAAGGGUACUUUUGCUGAGUUGACUGAUCUGAGGCAGUUGAACCUCGCCAAUAACAAGAUCUCCAAGAUCACGUUUACCGAUCUAGCGCAAUCCGUGGACUCCCUGUAUCUCGAUUAUAAUGAGAUCGAUAUUCUCGAGGAAGGCAAUUUCGUUCGAACUCCGACAUCUACCUUAUCCUUGAUCGGAAAUAGAAUUUCUAACAUAACGCGUGGUGCCUUUAACCUGCCAACUCUGAGGGAUCUGUAUUUGAACAACAACACUUUAACCACUAUAGAGGGUGAUAGCUACGAAGGCUUGAACUUGUUGAGACGUCUCUGGCUUUCGGAAAAUAAAAUAUCCGAGAUUCACAAAGGAGCUUGCAAAAAUCUAGGAAGUCUUUACGUUUUAGAUAUAUCCAAGAAUUCUUUUCAGAGGCUGGAAAACGGCGCUCUUCAUGGUCUCAAUACGGUCUUUGGCACCAGUUUGUACGUCUUCGAGAACAAUUUGAAGGAGAUACAAGGCGGCGUUUUCGAUGAUGUUUAAAAUUCUCUUUUUUUAAUUC